ACAUACUAGCUAACUUGAUAGCUGUCAGCGAGACCGACGCAGCACACAGUUUCAAUUUUGGAUUUUGAAAACGAUUUUAGUUUAAACAAUUACGUGAAUGCCUCAAAUCUCAUUAUGCAAUUUCUAUCAUUAAGUUUCAUUCUUUCUGUAGUUAUAGCAAUAUAUAUAAUUCACACAAUAUGGACUUUAGCUGAAAUUUUUAUACCACCUGAGUGCAUUCGUGGCGAGAGAUGUUUUUCAUCAUAUUUGAUUUCUGAUCCCGUGCAGCAUCUUGUUUUAUUUACAUCUGUAAAGCAGUUUCCUCGAGUUGAUGGAUCCGCAGCAGAAUCUGUAUCGAAAGUACAUACUUCUUUAAAAAUUGACUAUCGGAAACCGACAACGCUAGAUGUGAAUAUUAAAAUCCCUCGAAAAACUCGAAAUAAUGGCACAUUGUAUAUGCAUGCAGUUUUGUUGGACGAAAGCCGCUUAUAUAAAGAAUUUCGGGAACUCUAUGAGACUGAGUCAAUGCAUACCCUACCGUUAGUUACCUAUGUGGAACCUCAGGCUGCAACAUUUAAUUUACUAAAUCAAAAUGAGGGUUCAGAUAAACCUGUUCAGAAAAGUAUAAAACCAUAUUCGCAUAUAAGUACAUUGGUGCCUUUGUCAGUUCUUACUGAUAAUAUAAAACUUCCUCCAAGUAUACCGCCUGAACUGCUGCAGUAUUUACGAGUUCGUCAUGGAAAAUUCCUGCCUAUUAUCGUGCAUAAUGUGUUAAAGUCAAGAAUGUCACAUUUAAAAUUAAUAAAUAACAGUAUGUCUGAUGUUAACAUAACUGUUACUGUAAACCCAACGUCAUAUGGAACUUUAAGAUUGGCUAUACAUGUGCGUUUGACGUUAGAAUUAUUGCACAGUCUCGGUUUUGGUGAAAAGGAUGUUGAUGAUGUUAAAGGAAUAUUUGAAGAUACAAAUCUGUAUUUGUUAUCAGCUACUGUGUUAAUAUCUAGUUUUCAUUUGUUGUUUGACUUCCUGGCGUUCAAGAACGACGUGUCGUUUUGGCGCGGCACGCGGUCGCUGGCGGGGCUGUCAGCGCGCACAGUGCUUUGGCGCGCUUUCUCGCAGCUCGUCAUAUUCUUCUAUCUGCUGGAUGAACAGACUUCACUCUUGGUGCUAAUUCCUGCCGGCAUUAGUGCUGUCAUAGAGCUAUGGAAGGUGACGAAGGUGGUGCACGUGCGCGUGCGCGGCGCGGACGCGGCGGAGCGGCGCACGGCGCACGCGGACGCGGAGGCCAUGCGCUACCUCUCCAUGCUGCUGUACCCGCUCUGCGUCGCCGGAGCUCUCUACUCGCUGGUCUAUGAACCGCACAAGAGCUGGUACUCGUGGGCGCUGCACAGCGCGGUGAACGGCGUGUACGCGUUCGGGUUCCUGCUGAUGCUGCCGCAGCUGUUCGUGAACUACCGGCUGCGCUCGGUGGCGGCGCUGCCGUGGCGCGCCUUCAUGUACAAGGCCUUCAACACCUUCAUUGACGACGUGUUCGCCUUCCUCAUCGCCAUGCCCACCGCGCACCGCGUCGCCUGCUUCCGGGACGACCUCGUCUUCCUGCUCUACCUCUACCAGCGAUGGCUGUAUCCAGUGGACAAGUCGCGCACCGACACCGCCACCAGUAUGGUUGACACCCCUGACGAAGAACCACUCAAACAGAAAGAAGAUUAACGCAUUUUUUUUAAUUUUCAAAGAGGCUUGGUGCUAUAUGAAGCUGUAACUUGUAUAGAGUAAUAUAAAUAUUAAUUGAUUUUAAUACAUUCUAUUUUACGAUUUUA